AGACAAUCCCGAGCUCGGAAGAGCGCUUAGUCCUGGCCUUUAAGGCGCUCUGCAAAGUACCAUCCUCGGCAAAAGCUGGACUCUGCAUGCAAGAUACUCACUCAAGAUGUCGAAGAAUCAGGUCGAUGACGCCAUCCGGAUCAGAGACAACCAAAGGCGUUCACGUGCACGGCGGAAGGACCUGAUCAAGGAUCUUCAAACUCGGGUGCAAGGGUACGAACUGAAAGGAGUCACUGCGACGCUGGAAAUGCAACGGGCAGCCCGCAAGGUGGCACAGGAGAACGAGAGGUUACGCUCUCUGCUUACUCGUCACGGCAUCUUGAGAGACGAGAUCGAUUCCUUCCUCCGUUCGUGCGAGCAGACUGAAGGUCCUUCUGAACCAGAAACACCAACAUCGAGUGUGAAGAGUCCCAGUAUUUCGAACCCAUAUCCAGUCCACGCUGGACCGCGCUCGUUAAGCAUACAGCCUUCGAGCCAUGCCUACUCUCAGGAUUUCAGCCCUCGCCCUUCACCGAUAUUGCCCAGACCACCAGUGCAGGUUGCGAGGCGACCAAUCUCAGCGAGUUCCACAACAGCAAAAUGCGGGUCAGAAACACAUUUUGGGUCAACAACCAAGACUCCAACAGAACUAGAAGUAGAAGCCACAAUCAUGGCCAGGUCCGUCGAAGCCUGCAAAAGAGUCGAAGCGUACUACGCGAGUCCCAGCGAGACUGACUCUUCACCACCGUCGCGACCACAAGAAGGACUGUCAGCCUUCACUUUCCCCGAGCGCACGCUGGCAAUCACACAGAGUCAAGGCUGUUGCCCGCCCCCAAGGCCGCCGCCUGAGGUUACCAUGGAGGACCCAGACUGUCCGAGCACAACUGACUGUUUCUGCCCUCCAAUCACGACAGCCCCAUCGAGCACAGCGAGGCCGUUUAUAAGCACCGAUGAGAUAUCAUGCGAGACGGCUGCGACGAUUAUUGCCCAGAUGCGAGGAGACGGAGAUGAAGCCGCGGCGCGGGCUUCGAUUGGAUGUGCGCCGCAACAGGUGUGCAGCAUCAAGAACGCUUUUCUCAUGCAGGUACUUGAUGAACGGUAGCAGAUUUGCAGCAUUACGUUCCCUAAGCCUUGUGUCUGCAAUGGAUUCGUAUCAUGAUUUCGUUAUAAUUGACGAUUAUUCAUAGACGCCUGACGCUAUGACAGUCGCAUAUCCAUCAACGUAUCCCUUUG